CUCAGUCUUCUUCAGAUGAAGAGAAAUGCCUAUCAAAUAACAUGCGGGAGAAAGCUCUUAUUGGCUUUAAUGAUGAGGAAGCUAUGAAGGAUGGACAACAUCUUGAUAUCUCAAGCUUGUAUGCAUCAGAUCUGUUUCCUGCCAGAACUGGAGAAAAACCCACAGAACUAUUCUUAGAACAAAUCUUUGAAAUUCUCUUUUCUUACAUAAAAAGAACCUAUGAUGGCAACAGUAAAGUUCUUGACUUUCACCAUCCGCAUCAGUUAUUAGAUGGCUUGGAAGGUUUCAGUUUGGAAUUGUCAGAUCAACCUGAGCCACUGGAACAGAUCCUUGUUGAUUGCAGAGAUACAUUAAGAUACAGUGUUAAAACAGCACAUCCACGUUUCUUCAACCAGCUCUCCAGUGGACUUGAUAUGGUUGGACUAGCAGGUGAAUGGCUCACUGCAACAGCCAAUACAAACAUGUUUACUUAUGAAAUUGCUCCAGUAUUUAUUAUGAUGGAAGACAUUCUCCUAAAGAAAAUGCAUGAGAUGGUUGGAUGGACUGAAAAUGAAGGCGAUGGUAUCUUUUCUCCAGGAGGAACUAUAUCUAACCUUUACAGCAUUCUUGUUGCACGUUACAAGUAUUUUCCAAUCGUAAAGACUAAAGGCAUGGCUGCUCUGCCUCGGAUUGUCCUCUUUACAUCGGCACAUAGCCACUACUCUUUUAAAAAGGCAUCGGCUGUCCUUGGCAUUGGAACAGAAAAUGUGAUUGCAAUAAAUUGUGAUGAAAGGGGUAAGAUGAUGCCAUCUGACUUGGAAGCAAAAAUACUAAAGGCUAAAGACGAGGGAAGCAUUCCAUUUUAUGUUAGUGCAACAGCUGGCACAACUGUCUAUGGUGCAUUUGAUCCUUUUGAGAACAUUGCUGAUAUCUGUCAGAAGUAUGGCCUCUGGAUGCAUGUAGAUGCGGCAUGGGGUGGUGGAUUGCUGCUGUCAAAAAAGCAUCGCUUUAAGCUGAAUGGAAUAAAAAGGGCAAAUUCUGUUACUUGGAAUCCUCAUAAAAUGAUGGGUGUUCCACUACAGUGUUCUGCUAUUCUGGUUCGUGAAAAGGGUCUCUUGCAGGCAUGUAACGAGAUGUGUGCCGAUUAUCUCUUCCAACCGGACAAACAUUACAAUACUGCAUAUGAUACUGGGGACAAGACCAUUCAGUGUGGGAGGCAUGUUGAUGUCUUCAAACUUUGGCUUAUGUGGAAGGCAAAGGGUGCAAAUGGAUUUGAACUUCAAAUAAACAAGUGUUUAGAACUUGCAUCAUAUAUUUACAAAGUCCUAAAGACAAGAGAAAACUUCGAACUAGUCCUUCCUAACGAGCCUGAACACACCAAUGUAUGCUUCUGGUAUAUUCCACCUAGUUUAAGAAGAGUUCCAAGAGGCAAAGAAUGGAAUGCAAAAUUGCAUAAGGUUGCUUCAACAAUCAAAGCACACAUGAUGGAAGAAGGAACAGUAAUGAUUGGCUUCCAACCAUUAGGAGAGAAACCCAAUUUUUUCCGUGUUGUAUUUUCAAACCCAGCUACUAAAAAGUCUGAUGUGGACUUCCUCCUUGAAGAAAUUGAAAGACUAGGAAAUAAUCUGUAAUAUGAAUAUAGUUGACAUGGGUUUAUUUCAUAAUGCCUGAACUGUAAAGAUUUUUUUUAUAUUUAUUUUUUUAACUGACGGCAUGAAAGCCAUGUUGGUGGGCUUCUAUUGUAAUUCAGAAUUUUUAAGGGUGUUUUUAACAUAUUAUAUAUUGGAAAAUACUUGACUUAAUGUUU